GGUGGGGUUCGAUUAAAAUGUCAAUACAAGCUGGACGAUGCCGUGGAUGAGGACGCAACGCAUCGCCAAUAUGGUGAGUAACUAUUUGCGCAGUUGUCGCCGUGUGCACAAUGGAUGGCCGGGGAACGAAAGUAGUGAAAACAUGGUACGAACGUUAUGGUUUGUCCGUUAUGAAAUGGUCAGUAAAGUUGUUAACGUUGGUCUGAGAGUGGUUACUAUAUCGCGAAUCUGACACGUACAUACGUCUAGAACCUGUCGCCCAGAGAACGCACGGAACUCGUCCGGAAGCUAUCAGACAAGCUAAAGAUUGCCAAAGCAUAGUUUUUCGAGUGCGUGUUGUACGAUCGUGACCCGUUCAGGAAACGAGAUACGCAAUGGUCUGGUUAGUGACGGCACUAGCACUAACAUUGAUGGUGUUACCACGAUCGACAGGUGUCAAACACGUCGACAUAUUCCAGCAAUUUAACGAUGGAAGCUAUCUGGAGAAUCUGAAAUCUGCUAGCGGACCGCUGGACGAAUCGGACGAGGAAGACAUCCGAACUGAGCAGCCGAUGAGCUGCGUGGAGGAUGUACUGCCGACCGAUCCUCUAGAGCUGCACGAGAAGCUCGAAAAUGAAACAGUGCGACCGCACGAAGCAGUGCGCAACAUAUCACAACCUAAUCUGGCUGAACUGUUCGGUAAGCUCAAAUCGGGUUUCUUCAGUGUGAACCUCCUUCAGAUCGGUCAACACGUCCGUGGUGUAGUAGCGAGCAUAAAGGAUCGCAUGCAAGCAUAUGUCGCUGACACUAGGGCAAAAUUUGAGCACCAUCGUCAUCAGACGAUGAAUGCCGUAAAGCGCAAAGUGGAUGAGAUAAACGAGCAGAUCCGCAACUACUUCCAGAACGAGUUUGUGGAGUACCGCGAUGUUUGUCUGCCGGACGAGAACCAUUGCAUGCAGCUGCUGCACACACAGAUCGACCAGUACGAGCACAAGUUGCGCACGAACGUGGACGAAUGCCAUGACAAGCUAGCGGAACAUUUGGCCAAGCAGCGGCGCGAGAUAGACGAAGCGCAACAGCUGAUGAAGGAACCGUACAGCAGGAUGAACAAUUGUCUCAACCGAGAUGCCGGGUUUGGGCGUAGCUUUCUUGCCUGUACCGGUGGUGCCGUUGCGAACCUAGCGAAACUGACCACGGAAACGAUGCAAUCGUUCGCAAACAGGAUGACACACCUGUCCAGUGUGUUUACACAGCGCGUGAACAAGUUCGAAAAGUGCGUCGUCCAACGACGCCAGCUGAUGCAGAAGAACGAACGAGAGGUGUCACAGAAGAUGAAGAAUUGCUUCAGGAAGCAACAGUCGCAACCGGAAGCCUUCUUCUGACCGUCGGGUUGAACACGAUAAGCUGCAUCAAAUAAAAUUAUGGCACAUGGAUAGGUACAGAUUCCGAAAGCAAUGCAUCCCUUUAAAAGGAAAUGUUCCACUUUCAACAGGAAGCUUAUCUCUACGUGUUUUCCCUCGCAACAGAGAUGGUACGUCAAGCCGUGCUUGUUGCCGACUUUAUCAGUUGGGCGACCAUCUUUUGGUAGUACAUCAAUCUUACCAUACUUGCCAAACGUGUAAACAUGUGCCAUUGAAAUGUCAGCUAGUCAGGUAUGUGCUGGGCGAGAAAAAGAAAACUGGCAGCUAAAAGAGGUGAGCGGCUUGACGCCUGAGAUCUUCAUCAUGCCAACUGGAUGUGAUGUAUUAUAGCUUUUCUUCUCUGCCAACCGAACACCGAAGUUGAACUUAAACUUCACGACAUGAUACGAGCUAUCGGGUGUUUCUAACUCGAUUUGCAUCCUGUCGCCUUACGUUGAACGCCUUACAGAAUGUGUCGAAACAGGCAGGAAGCUAAUAAUCCCUUGUCCCAUUCUGGAACAAAACUUUAAGGUAUCCUCUGCCAUCCUCAAUUUCAUUCUAUUCAAGCAUUAGCGAACGUGUAUAGGUAGUUUGGAUGGGAAAUAAGCCUUUAUCCGAACAACACCAGACGUAAGCCAGUCUUGACAAGUAUUUAAGACUGUUUAAUUCAACCAAAAGUUCAAGAGAAACUUACAAAGAAGGUAAAGCUGUGAAAGUGGAAUUAAUGUUUACUUUUGCAAUGUACUAAAACAUUGCUCAUUCAGUGGAAUUUUAAAUAUUCAUUUCCAAUCUUCUCAUUUGGCAAUAUACGUGGAAAAUCAGCAAUCCCUAGCAGUGGACAUGGAGUGCCUAUGAAAAUCGUUUCCCCCAUAUCCCCAAGCGAAAACAAACCAUCACACAGCGAACGUCUAUUGACAUAGCGCUAACAGCACGAGCUUUACACAAGCGAAACGCGUAUUUUGCACAUUUCAUGCACUGUUGUUGCUGCUGCAAGCACGUGUGCAAUGGCAAAUAAACUUUGGCUGCUACAGAAUGCGCCACCGUACACAAGCUCACCUGCAGUAGACACCUGCAGUCGAAUAUCCCAAUGCUGCAUGGGACCGUGUGGAAGUUUGUAAGAUUGAAAUUAAAAUUUAAUUCCCGACAUUUCCGUACAAAAGCAUCUUGAGAUACAUCCAGCCGUUCUUUUUCUUCUCACGACUCUUCGUUCUAUUUAUUCUGCGAAUGGAUUGUCACAGACAUACUACACACACA